GUCUGGAAUUAUUCAUUAAAGAUUACGAUUAUUUUUACCCGUACAUGAUGAAGUCUACUUCUUCAGUGUCGACGAGAAGUGGCGAACACUCAUCAAUGCUUUGAAUGGGGUGUUCUGCACAGCUCUGAUCAGCGUGGUGCCGGAUCUGACAUCGUCACCGAAGUUCGCGUUCAGACCUCUAGGACUUGAAACAGGGCGUGAAAUGCACCUGAGAUACGGCGCCAUAGGACGAGAAACUGUAUGUACGGAAAAUUUGACACCAUGGAAAAAAUUGCUUCCCUGCAAGCAGAACGGCCUCGUUACGCUUUUCAAUCCUAUCAAGUUGUACGAAAAUGUUUACCAUUCGAUAGGCUUUCAGCUUCAUCCAUUCUGUGAGGGUACUGCAUGCAAGUGGCAUCUCCAGCUUAUGAUGUACAACGUUAUCGAUAUCUCUCUGAAGAAUAAAGGAUCUCACUGGAGCCUCUUCGACAUUUUUGGCAGAAAGAUUGUUGGAGUCUGCAAUGCUGCUUCAAGCAGUAAAAUAGUAAUCGAAGUGGAUGAUAAAAGUCUUCGUUUGGAACCUGCACCCACGGAAGUUGUGAAUAAGCUGGAAGGAACGUAUGCUAUUUAUGAUCUUCGAAACAAACCCAGCGACGAAUCCUUCACUGUAUCAGCUUCCUACGACAAACCAAGCCCCAGCAAUAUUGUGUUGCAUUCACCAGUGAGCGUAUCAACACUUGUUGGAAGCACCGAUCAGAUGUCUGGCGUCUUAGCAUCUGUCAUCAAGAACGAAGGCAAAGCGCAGCGAGUCGUCUACACACAUCUGAUCCCAUGGUUCUUGCACAUUUAUUACCAUACCAUUUCCCUCACUUGUAAGGGUGAAGCAAGCAAGGAAUACAAGACGCCUCACAUUCUCAAUCGACACUUCGUUCCUGCCAUUGCAAGGCAAAGGCCUGCUCUUGUUGAGAUGGAGUUCGACAUGCCCGCAAACGCCGAAUGUCGCAUGCAAAUCAAAUUCGAGAAGGCGUUUCUGAGAAUCCGAGAAUAUCCACCAGAUGCAAAUCAUGGAAUGUAUGUUCCUGGUGCAAUUAUCACUCUUCCGGGUGAAAAGCAAAAACCAGGAAAUAGGAGCACAUCGUGA